AUGUCUACAUGCCGCGAGCUUGGAGCGCUUACUGUGCGUCAUUGCUUUAGCGAGUCUGAAAUCAGUUUGCGGAAUGUGACACCGAUUCUUAGCAGUCGCGCGUCAGAGAAGCGUGAGGUUUCUACUUUUUACAUUUCUGGUAUUACCAAUUUGGGAGUUCUGAAGAAUCUUCGGAGCCUCACCUUGUCUGCCACACCACUGAGUGAUGAAAUGUUGGAGUACUUCUCCGAAUGCACAAACUUGGAGCGUCUCGUGAUUGACUCGUGUCAGGGUCUCACGUCACUUGAGUGCUUCGCCGCGCUUCAGCGGUUGGGAGAGCUGUGUCUGUUAAACUCGUCUAUAACGGAUGAGGGUCUUGCUUCUAUGGGCUGCUCAAAGUCACUGCAGCAUCUGCAGCUUGACAACUGCAUGAAACUUCGAAGCCUCAAUUGUUUGGGAUCGCUGCGCCAACUUCGAACGCUCAACGUCUCACGGAGUCGAAUCUCUGAUGAUGGCAUCCGGGGUUUGAGGCAUUGUCUAGAUCUGGAAGAGUUGCGGCUCGUAACAUUUAAUCGUCUGUCAACAGUAGAGUCCAUUUCGAGUCUUCGUAACCUGCUUGAGCUCGAUCUUACAGAAAACUGGAUAACAGAUGAUGGUUGUGCGUCACUCGCGUACUGCAGGCAGAUCCAGCGCCUCUGGCUUGCCUCAUGUCGAUGUGUGUCGGAGGUGCAGUGGAUCCGUGCGCUGACAUCCCUGCAAACCUUGGAUCUGUCAAGGACGCAUGUGCGUAGCUCGUCCCUUCAGGUUUUAGCGGCGUGUCGACGCCUCGAGGAGCUCAGCGUCGCCUUUUGUAGCGGUGUCGUCGAUACUUCUUUUGUGGUAGGGCUAACGUCUCUAAAGCGUCUGGAUCUCGAUUCUACUGGAAUAAAUGACGCUGGGAUGCAACCACUCCGGCAAUGUGUGACUCUUACAUUCCUUUCGCUACAGGAUUGCCGCCUCAUCACGGACAUGCAUUUUGUCGAACCACUGAAGAAUCUACUUAGUCUUAAUCUUGAAGGCACUGAAGUGGUAGACGCAAAUAUUGUCCCUGUGGCCCACUGUACGAAAUUGGAAUUUCUCUCACUUCGUCACUGCCACUUUUUGACUGAUGUGCGCUGCCUGCGUGAGUUGAAGGCACUGAAGGCACUAGAUCUGUCAGGUACGUAUGUGACAGAUGAAGGUUUGUCUGGUAUAUCACAGUGUGUCUCUUUGGAACGCAUUGACCUUUGCGCCUGCUGCUUCGUUACGCACCUUGAUUUCAUUCGGUCUCUGAACGCGUUGCGGCAUGUCCAAGCAGACCACACAAAUGUGACGGACGUGACUGGUUUGGAAGGAAGCCAAUUGUUGGAAGAGGUUUCCCUCGUUGAGUGCAAGCGGCUGGUAUCGUUAGGCCAGUUGGAAAUGCCUCGACUUUUAGACUUGUCACUAAAAAAGAGUGCCAUCACUGAUGACGGUAUUCGAGACGUGUUGGCGCGGUUUUAUUCCUUACGGCGUCUUGAUCUGCAGCACUGUCCUUCCAUCACAGAUCUGGGCGUCAUCUCACAACUUCCCUCACUUACGGAACUCCUUGUGCGGAACAGUAGAAUAACAGAUGAAUCCGUUGCAUCUAUUGCGCGCUGUGUGACUUUGGAGAGGCUCCAAAUGGUAGAGUGUCCUGAUAUUACAAAUGUCAAUAGUCUCCAGUCUUUACAUCGCCUAAUGGAUCUUGAUCUUUCCAUGACGAGUGUCACGUCGAAAGGCAUUAUGGGUCUUGCGCUGUGUCACAGCUUAAUGAAAUUAAACCUUAGUGAUUGCCGCUGUGUAACGAGUGUGAAUUGCUUUGGAAACCUUGGUGUGCUGCGAGAACUCCACUUGGCACGAACAAGUGUCUCUGACGAUGGUAUCAUUGGAUUGUGUAAAUGCGUCCAGCUAGAAACGCUGACACUGACUAGGUGCAGUCAAAUUACAGAUGUUGAAAAACUUCAGAGCUGCCUUCUUCGGCUUGUGGCGUUUGAUGUGUACGGUACGUCGGUGGAGAAUUCUCGUCGGUGCCUUGGAGGAGGUCAUCGCACUCAACAUGCAUGUGCUGUUCUUUGA